UUCAGCGUUUGAGGUCAAGCGUUUCCUUUUUGGUAUGUCUCACUUGAUGUUCCUCAAACUGAAGUGACAAACUUCACACAGUUCCCUGCUAAGACAUCUUAGCUCAUGUCAUACAUGCUCAACUGCCAUUUUACAUGAUGCGUGAGUAUCAGUUGUAAACAAGUAUGGAGAAAAAACAGCGUGAGGAGACCUUAGAGGGCUCCAGAUCACACCAGUCAGCAUUGACAGGAACCUUGGCACUGAAGAACUUCACCAUCCCCAGGAAGAAACGGACCUCUGGAGAAGUCCUUUUGGAACGUUGUCCAGAGGAAAGCCGCGAUUACAGUCUCAUUCAGACAAAACUGAGAGAUUCCAAGCUAGACACUAGAAAGGACAGCGCAAAUGCAUGGGUCUGGAAAGAUGUUUAUUUAGUGCACAAUGAGGAGCUCCUUAAAAAGUUCUCUGAAAAAAGAGCAGAGAUGCGUGCCAAAGGAAGACAUGGGAGAGAAAUGGAAGAAAGAUUCUGUUUUUUAGCUGCAUCGGAUCAAAUGACAGCCCAGAUUUAUCAGCACGGUCUACAGGUUGGCAGCACAGUCCAGUAUGCCUUGGGAAAGCCAUCACAUGGAGUAUAUCUCUUUAGGCAUGUUGAUGUGGCUCUGAAAUCUAAUACCAGCAUAUUAAGUGCACAAAAAGUUGUCAUUUUCAAGGUUCUUUAUGGAAAGGUGAAAAAAAUCGCUCCAAGCUUGGACUGGAACAAAACGCAAGAUCCCACAGUGAGCUUUGACUGUCACAUGUGUAAAGAUGCAGUGUCCCAUCGAGACACACUUCACCAGCAAGUUAUAGGCUCCUCUGUUUUUCUGUUUGACUUUAAUGAGAAGCAAGAGCUCACUGAAAGACCCAGGCAGUGUUUGCCGUAUGCAGUAGUUUCACUUGUUCCUGCCAGCAGUGCCAUUCUGACUCUACCUACAAACAUAUCCCUCUCAGCUUCAGUGCUACCUAUUGGCCAAGUGCAUGCAGACCGUUUUAAGGCAUGUACUGUGGCAGAGAGAAGAGGAAAACGAGGCGCUGCCACCGUUACAUUCAAACAUUUUGGCACGCCGGGCUGCUUUGAGACGGAUUAUACAGCUCAGAAUCCAGGAGUAGAAGCUUCACUUCAAAAAAAUGAUAUGCUAAACACUCAGUCAUUCAACCCAAAACAGCACUGGAUUGCUGCCGGUGAAAACGCAGAAUCUUCCAGCAGUUCAGGGCCAGUUAUGGAUCACACUGCUCUCUCCCAAAGCUUGCUGGGAAAGAAUGCAUUCACGAGUAAUCACAACAAAAGUACUGCAAGCACACAUGGAAGAAAGGACGAUACAUGUGACAUAGUACCUCAAAGUCCAUUGGACAAAAUUUCCACCAUAGUGUAUUCUUCACGCUCUGUUAGGGAUCCUCGUCUGUCUAGACAGGAAGCAAACCAGACCAGCUGCUCAGAGGCUGAGGUAGCAUACACUAGUUCAGAAUGUGAUAAUAAGAAAUGCCAACCAGACCAUCUAAAACAAAAAGACAGUUAUGGAAUUGCUGGAAAUACGUGUGAUUUAAAAGAGCCAUCAAACAUGGACACGUCCUCAAAGAUUGAUCAAUGUGCGUAUACCCCAACACUGCCCUCAAUGAAGUUAUUUAAAAUGAAGUUCCAAAAAUAUGCUGCCUACUUUAGAAUGAACGAGGAAGAGAGGCAUCAGAAAAUUUGGUCACAAGAAAACAUGUCACCAGAACAAAAGCAAGAAUUAGCUGACCGUAUACAUUUUUACGAAGUUUAUUAUCAGAAGUAUAAACAGGGAUUGCUCUUUCAAAAUGUCAGAGAGACAAAGAAGACCUCCGGCCUGUCUGAAAGAGAGCCCAAAAAUCACAUUUUACAGACAAAAGACAAUACAAACAAGCAAAAUCAGUCAAAUGUGUGCCAACCAAAAAGUCAUGACGCUGCAAGUUUGUCAGAUAACAAAGAUUUUGUUAACAAAGACAAAUGUUGCACAACUCACGUUCAUGAGACUAGUCAUCCAGAAUCUAGUGCAGUAAUGUUGACAGAAAAGGGGCAGGAUCAACCACCAGAGACUCACCAGGACUAUGUCAAUGAUGGAUGUCUGAAUCAGUCUCCAGAUAAACUUUCAGAGCAAUCACUGGUGCUGAGAUCAUUGAAUCUCAACCUCACAGAUGAGAAAACUGAUCUCAAGCACCCAAGUCAUUUAACCUCUAAUGAAGCUAAGCUUAAUCACAGUGUAGAAUGUGAAAGGGAGUUGUCCAGAGGUGCAGUAGAGGACUUGCAAGAGACUCAGUCAACUUCAAGUGUUAACUUGGUUGAAGAGCCCAGCACUGAAUCGUACCUUCCGUAUGCAAACGGCAUCGAUGACGCAGUCAUGGAUAUUGCAAGCUGUGUUGAAGUCUCUAGCUGUGGGACAUCAGACAACUGUGAUCUCAGUCUUGCCAGGGGAGUAAAGGAAAAGCAGAAUGGGACAGGUUUUAGCAGUGUUCAAGGGAUGGAUUCAUUUAGAUGGAUGAAAUGCUGUCCAGAGCUUGAUAUUGAAACAGUAAAGCAGGACAACAGUGCUCAUUCAGAAUUGUACAAAAGAAUUCAACUGGAUCAAUUAUUGCCAAGCAUGUUUCAAAAGAAUAUUUUCUCCUCAAGUGCACACAGAAUUAUGGGCAGACCUGCAGACAACAUUUCCGAGCUAAAAAAUGAAAGCAAAGAUCACACCAAAGCUGAAACUGACCUAAACAUGAGAUUCUUGGAAGAUAUCCAUCUCCAGGUUACUCUGAAAUCCUGCAAAACAUCUGCUGAUACUACAGAAGGGCUUUCUCUAUCUGAACGAUUUUCAAAAAUCAAAGGACUUGGAAAGAAACUAAGUGAAAGACACAACAAAAUUAUUCAAACCCCAGGCGUCCAAAUGUGCAGAAGCGAAGGAUGCACUGAAACUGCAACUUGUAAUGUUGAACUAAUACAGCUACUAUCUCAGAGGUACAGUAAAUCUAAAAUGUAUGUGCAACACAAGCGCUUGAGCAGACCAGGCUGUAAGAGGGCAUGUCUCAAAAAACAGCGUACCUUUCUAUCACGAGGUCACUCUCUAAAGAGGAGCAAAUAUGUCAAGAAGACACGCUUUUGGAAAGCAAAGAGGAAUCUCAGGAGAACAACUGUGUCAGCUGACAGCCCCCAUGAAACGGUAAACAGCAACACAACAUCAGACUCUUCAAACAGUCAGUCUGAAAUAGUCCUUACAGAAAAUGAAGCUCAAGACCCAGACUCUAAUUUAAGAAUAAUGCCUCACACAUCUGAUGACAGACAAUCGCUACAUGUUCAAGCCUCCCAGGAGGCUAAUACCACUAUUCCUGAGACCAAACCAAUAGAGGAGCAAAAAAAUCCUACAGAACUACUUUCAGAGGAUCUCCAUAAAAGUGAUUCAGUCUGCACUGAGAAGGCAACAAAAGAUUGUAUACCAAAUCUAAUCCCAGUAAUGGUGGAUAAAGGUGAACAAGUGAAGACAACAGAAAACAUCUCCAAUCAAAGCCAAGCAUCCUUGAUCACAUGCACUAGCAAAGAACAUGGGGUUAUCACAGAGUGCAAAGAGGAGACCGUGCUGCUCAAUGUAAGAUCAGAAACUGUACAGAAUCCAUUAAGCAAGGUAGAUGACAAUGUAGAUGCUUCUGAGAGUCUGAGUAUACAUGAUUGUGAGGUUUCAGAAACACACAGUGAUAUGCCUGCAAGCAACACAAUCAACAGUCAUAAAACUGAGCUCCAGACAAACGUGACUCCAGAAGCCAAGGAAAUGGAGACUAUGACUGAUACAGCUGAGACAGACACUAUAAAGUGCAGUGAGCAAAAUGCAAAUAUGAAAAAUACCCUAAACGUGCAGUGUUUUGAAGGAAGAGAACACAUGUCAGCAAGUAUCCCAAACAUGAACCAAUCACGUCUCAACAUUUCUACCAAUGCAUCUAAUGUCAGCAGAGUUUGGAGAAGUGAUUCUGAGGCAUUUGAAGAAACGACGUCAGAUUCAAAGCAGUGUGAUUCCGAGGCUUUGAAAUAUGCAUCAAAUAAUGUUGUUGAUCUUACUGUUGAUGAUCCAGAUUUGGAUGUCCAAUGUGAAAUUUCUUCAAAACACACAAAGAAGAGAUGUGACACCAGUGUGCUUGGUUCUACCAAACCACCAAGUACUCACGCAGUCAAAAACAACUGUGGUUUAAGGCCAGACCAAAACAAAAACGAUGGAGCAACCUCACCUGAAACCCAGCUCAUUUCUAAACUAAGAGAUUAUUUGAACAAAUUUGAGUCCACUGUUAAGAAACAAGAAGCUGUGAAUGAAGAUCUUAAAGAAAGACCAGUGGUGUGGAUAACACUUGACAGCACAGCACACAAACAGCAGUUGUUUGAAAAAAGCCAAUACUGUAUGGUAAAUGUUCCCUGUCUGAUGCCUCAUGAGGGUGAUGCUGGUAAAAAAGACCAUUCAAGUGAAUACACCAAAACCACAGUUCAAACUAGGAGGGUUCUUCGAAGUGAACAUGCUCAAAAUGGAACUGAUGUUUGCCUAUUAGUGCCGGUUGAAUCUAAGAGAGGCCGACGAUCUUCUCAAACCAAGCGAACCAGUAGGCAAAGAUCAAGAAGAAGCUCAGUCACUAGUGUCAGUCCUGACAGUACCAGUGUUUUAGACACCGUCAAAGAUAAUAGUCCUCACCCUUUGCCCCAGGUGAACGACCGGAAUGCUGUUUUCCCAGAAAUCUCCAACAAUAAUACCCUUAAUGCUCAGUUACAGAUGCAAAGAAAGAACACAACGAGCCAACAAAAUCCCUCUGUGAAUUUAGACAGUUUAUGUGAACGACAGAGUCAAGAGAAUCGAUCUUUGAACACCAUAAAAAUCAUUGAUGAUGCCAAUGUGAGCAGUACGUUCACUGACAAUAAAUACAGCAUCUGUGACAUUUCAAGCACGCUCAAAAUGGCUGACCAAACAGCCUCAUUAACCGAACUUGGAUCUUUGCAGUUUAAAUGCAAAAACAUGUUGCAGCAUUUUAUCUCAAAUUUUGAACAAGAUCAGAAAGUGCCAUUCCACCAAUCUUUUGUUUCAAGGUGUCUCAUCUUAGAGCAAUAUUUGGACCAUCCACCUGCACAAGUAGACCUGAAUUACGAAGCGGUGAAUUCUUACUUGGAGUUGCAGAUGAUGAUGGAAGCUUGGCAGUUUGUAGAAAACAAAAUAAACUUUCUGAACUGUAAACCUACAUUUAGGAGUUUGCUAUGGUAUGACCCUUCUCUUUACGGAGAACUCUACAAAGGGGAGGUCGGCUUUCAGCAGCAAUCAUCGUUGUUUGCUUCUUUUCAAAAGAUCCUGGCCCAAGAGGGAUACAGUAAACUGCAGGAAUACUACAGUGCAGUGUCCUCCUUGCACCAUCAGCUCCAGGCCGCCCCUGACGCAUCUUACUACAUGUAUCUAAAGAGUAAGCGUGAGCUUCUUGAAGCUGAGGCUGCACUCAGAAAUCCCCAUGACCUUAAAAGCUUCUUUUUAUCCGUACCAAUGUCUGCAAUGAUCAAUUUUGGAGACAGUUUGGAAAGAUUGGAAAGGAUACAUAAAGUGAUAAUGACUUUUGUGGAAACUCCAUCGGAUCAGUUGCCGGGGACUUUUGAUGUAGGCAAAGCAGAGCAUCUGUCCAUUACAUGCAGAUAUCUCCAAGAAAAAGCUAUUUUCAUGAAGUCGUGCAAUGAAAUGAUUAGCAAAGUAUCAUGGUUUGGAAUCGAGCACCUUCUUUAUGAUGCCUCUAAGGUUCUUGUAUGGCAAGACAUGAGUCAUGGUGCACCAAGUGAGGUUCUCAAGACAUACAAGAAUUCAAACCCACAGAUUAUUUUCGGGGUGACAGAGUCAGGUGUUACUCUCGUCAACAAAUUGAAACAGCCAGCUCCGUCUGUGGAUGGAGCAGAGACCCCAACAAAACAAAAGUGUGAUGCUGCUCUGAAACGUAAACGUUUGAAGACAUGGACGUCCCCUCAACCCAGUGUUGCACAGAGGGUAAAGGCGGACAAGGACGUGGCUUACAAAAUGGCUAAAAGGAGGGCAUCUGUUUCAUCCCUAACACAAUGUAACGCUGUGAACCCCCUUUUCCAAACAACUCCUGCAACCCGUAUUGAGAACCCAAGCCCUUACUACGCUCUUCCUCACAGAGUGGAUCCAGGACAUUGGGGAAUGGUUAGAAGCACUGCAGUCGACUGGAAUGCCUCUAACUUAGCCCCACCUUUGCCUUUGACGUCUCAUGCACACUCUGAAAUAAAUUCCCUUCAUCUGUCUAAUAGACGAGCGACUUUAUCACAUUCUGAUGAAAGGAGAUCUUUAGCAGACAUACAAAGACCUCAACAGCCUUCAGUCUCGGCUCCUCCAGCAACUUUACGAGGAGAUUCUUGUGCUACACGUCUAGCGUUUGACAGUGUUAAAUAUCAACAAACUAACGCUGCACAGCACUGUCCUGUUCUCUCACAAGAACAAGUAAACCAGUUCAGUUUAGCCAUGACACAACCUUACAGUUUACCAAAUUGCCCCUUGAAUGCAAAUUUGCUAACUCCUCCUCUCUCAGUUCAGGCUUUGACACAUGUCCCUAUGCCCAGCACGGUUACUGCAAUUCAUUACCCCUACUUCCUGUUGAAUGGACAAACAUACACCACAGGCUCCACUGCAGCCAUUCACCCUGAUGCUAGAUAUUAUCCUAAGACCAUUUAGGACUGAUGUACUAUGAGCUACAAUUGAAUCACAUAGAUAUGAAUUUUGUAAGUCAGUUACAGGGAAGUUAUAUCAAAGAACAAUUUCAGGGGUGGCCAGCGUCGUUCCUGGAAAGCCACAGUCCUCCAGGACUCACCUACCUGUAGCUUUCUAGUAACACUUCAGACCUUGAUUAGCUUCUUCAGGUGUGUUUAAUUAGGGUUGGAGCUAAACUCUGCAGGACUGUGGCUCUUCAGUACUGAUGCAGGACCGGCCACCCCCAAACUAUUUGGACAUUAAAUCCCACUGAUUCAUAAAUGCACUUGGUGCUUUUAAGCAAAUGUACUUUAAUGUGACUCUGUAUAUAUGAUAGAACACACAUGUUCUGGUAAAACCUUCCAUGUACUGUAUAUAGCAAUGUUUUAUACAAUGAUUUGAUGUUCAGUUACUUUAUUGUAGUAUUUAUUGCAAUUAAACAUUUAUUUUCCACAAGUUAACAUAAAUAAAGAAUGGUUUGAUAA